AGAACAUGAAUAAGCAGAAAAGAAGACGCGAGAUUUUUGGAUCAAAUCGUUUAAAUUUCAACAAUAAUCGAAAGGGUUGACAAGAAACAGUGUGUGCAACGAUGCAGUCGAUGAAGGAGACAGCUUCAAACAUCGCAGCUUCUGCAAGAGCUGGCAUGGAGAAGACCAAAGCCACUGUGGAAGAGAAGGCGGAGAAGAUGAAGACGAGAGACCCAGUUCAGAAAGAGAUGGCGACGCAGAAGAAAGAAGACAGAAUCAACCAAGCAGAGCUCGAGAAGCGGGAGGCGCGUGAGCACAACGCGGCGGCCAAGGAAGCCGCCGGCGCCGGACUUGGGACCCCGGGCUACACCGCCAAGGGAUCCGGCGGCCUGGGCUCGGCCACUCACUCCACCACUGGCCGAAUCGGGCACGGGACCGGGGCUCACCAGAUGUCUGCCCUGCCGGGACACGGCGCUGGCCAACCCACCGGGGACGUGGUCGAGGGCACGGAGACUGCUGCCCCGAUCGGCACCAACACCGGGACCGGUCGGACCACAGCUCACAACACUCGAGCCGGCGGUGGCACCACCGGGUUUACAACCGGGGGCGGUUACAGUGGAUAGGUUUUGUUUCGAUGAAGCAGAAGGACCAAACGUCGAACUUUGGUGCGUGUGUUUUUUCUAUGUUAUGUUUGGUUCGCCGCCGUCGUCUUGUUGUUUUUUUAAAAUAUAGUAUGUAUUGAAUAAUUCAUGUAUCUUAUGUUACGUUUCGCGUGUGAAUUAUACGGUCCAUAUAACCAGAAGAAUUGCAAUUGAAUUUUGGAUGUGUCGCGUCAAUUGUUAGUGAUGGGCUUCGAAAUAUUGGAAAA